GCCGCGUAACGAUGGUCGCUUGCGUUUAUAUAAUGCCAGAGAGCCGGGAAAGUGAGACCAUUGAAACGUCGACUGUCAAAGAGACACGCGUACCUCAACGACGCAUCAACGACAACAUGAAGAAGCACUGCCUGUUUGUUCUUCUCGUCGCCCUCGUCGCAACCCUUCUACACACCGCUGACGCAGUCGAACAAAGCAUCUGUCCUCCAGAGAAUUGCGUACCAGAAUGGAAAUGUGACUCUUUACUAGUCGGUGGACUGUGUCCACAAUCGUGUGACACGUGUUGCAGCGUGUUGAAACCGGAGUACAGAACGCAUUGUCGUCACUUCGGCGGUGAAUGCAUGGACAGAUGCAACGAAAAUCUGCAACACCCAGUUGUCGAUUGUCCACCCGGCAAAGUGUGCUGCACGUUAGUUUAAUCGGGAGAUGAAUUGGAGAAGAAAGCAACACGACCAAAUGCCUGUCCACCGUUUCAAUCCUAGUGUUAAUUUUAAGCGAUCAUUUUUGAACAUCAGCUGGUAUCCGAUGACGAAUGUAAUAUCACGCGAUACCGCGCAUCUGUUCUGUAGAAAAGCGACUUAAUUAGUUUUACAAUUACAUACAACGGUAGAUGCCCUGUGUAACGGGCUUCCGCGAGCAAUUCUCGCCCGUAUGGAGUAUGAAAAAUCGUGCACAAUCGCGGCGCGACAUGUCGCAGAUGUGGGAUUCCGCCGCGUGAAAUUAGUGCAAAUGUGAAAACGUUCGCUUACCACGCAGUCUCUCUCACCUUGGCGAACGGUGAACGGUUCACGGUGACUCGCGACGACACAUUCGUUUCAACGCGGCGGAGAGAAUCGCGAGAGCGUGUAAAAUGGUAGCAACGAUGGAAAAGUAGAUAUUUGUAAUAAAGCACGUGUG